AUGAAGUUCCACUAUCUGCUUUUGGCAGUUGUCCUGAUCUGUGCCCUGGACGACACCAGCAGCACUGGCACCUCCACCACAGCCACCACCACCACCACCACCACCACCGCCUCGUCGGACACCUCGGACACCACCACCACCACAACCACCGAAUCCUCGUCCUCCUCCGACACCGCCACCUCGGCGAGCAGCAGCAGCAGCAGCAGCAGCGACACGGCCACCUCCAAGACCAGCAGCAGCUCCAAGUCCGCGGCCGCCAAAAAGAAGGCGGCCGCCCGGAGGAGGCGUGCCGCCCGCAAGAAGCGUGAGGCCGCCCGAGCAAGGCGUGAGGCACGCAGGAAGCGUGAGGCCGCCCGCAAGAAGCGUGCUGCGGAGAAGAGGCGGCGCAAGAACAGGGGUUAA